ACACAUAUGAAUCGCUGGCCUGCUGUUUCUUUUCUCCACAGCCGCCAGUUCUCCGCAGCGACUUCUCCACAACAACCGUAUCCAGCUCCGGCGACGCCAGUUCCGGCUCCUAGACAUCGCUUUCGCGUCCCCUGCUCCUUGUUCCGCUAAGAUAUCCUCUUUGGAUGGUGGUAAUCAUGUUUAAACGGGCAUGUUCUAUGCAUGGAGAUGACACGGCCAAACUAUGUUUUAAGGCUAUUGCCAGACACAUUCACAGUGCUCAGGCUCGUUUCGGACCAAGAAGCUUUUUUGGGGUAGAGGAUUUCUUGGAUGAUGACAACAGUCGGCCGUAUACUUACCAAAAGGAAAAGAAGUCAAAGAAUCCAAACAAGCACAUAUCAUUCAAACAGCGUACAGUAGCGUACAUGGAGCCAUUCACACUGGAUGUUUUCAUCUCAAAACGGUUUGUUUCAGCUUCAAUUACUCACAGGGUAACAAGCAAACAAGUUGCAGUUGCUGGCACCAACUCAAAAGACAUCAAAGCCGAACUUAAAUCACGGUCAGAUAUUCCCGCGUGUUUGGCAAUUGGGCGGAUAUUGUCUCAACGGGCAAGAGAGGCCGAUGUGUACACAGCUUCAUACACGCCAAGAGAAAGGGAUAAGUUUGAAGGUAAAAUCCGAGCAGUUGUUCAAUCCCUUAUUGACAAUGGUAUUGAUGUCAAAAUUUAUCUUGAUUAAGUCAUGUUUAAAACGUUUCGAAUUCAGGAUUUUCAGUAUCUUCAACGUGAUAUUAGUGUACUUUUGUUUCUUUUAUUAAUUGAAACAAAAAAAUUACAGUAAGGAAUGAAGAAAAAGUGUUGUCAUAA